CGGCCCAUGGCCAAUUUUCAACAGACCUAAAAGUCACAGUAAUGCAACUAGUGACAUACAAAACUGCAGACACUUGAUUUACUGUGAGACGUUUUAAACUUUUAAAAAUGAACGUUUUAAGUCGAUAAAUUUCGAGAUUACCUUGUUCUAUUAGCCCUUGAGAAGUUUUGGACAAGAAAAGACUUUUAACGAAAGAUUAAAGCGAGCAGUUUUGAUGCUUGAGUUAUUGUCGCAUCCAUUAAAUAUGGAGCAGUCAUCUACCUUUGGUGAAGUGAACCAAUUAGGGGGAGUAUUUGUCAACGGUAGACCUCUCCCAAAUGCAAUAAGACUAAGAAUUGUGGAGCUUGCUCAACUUGGAGUCCGUCCGUGUGAUAUAAGUAGACAAUUGCGUGUUUCUCAUGGAUGUGUUAGUAAAAUACUAGCUAGAUAUAAUGAAACUGGUUCCAUACUUCCAGGAGCAAUAGGAGGGAGCAAACCAAGGGUGACAACUCCAAAUGUAGUCAAACAUAUCAAAAUCUAUAAAGAAAGAGACCCUGGAAUAUUUGCUUGGGAAAUACGAGACAAAUUAUUAGCAGACGGAGUUUGUGACAAAUAUAACGUUCCAUCUGUAAGUUCCAUCAGUAGAAUAUUGAGGAAUAAAAUUGGAAACACUUCUGGUAGUCCCGGACAACCGCAGCAAUAUGAAAACAAACCGCCACAACCGGUGGCAUGCUCAGCUCCCGCUCCAAUAUACAAUCAAUUUUAUCCGUAUUCUUGUCCAGCACCCUCCAUGCCACAAGUUCCACCACCACAAAUGCAAAAUCAACCACAUACGAUUGGACAUUUUGCAACAAAUAAACAACAACAAAAUGCCGCUAGUUGUGUCACGCCGUGUAUGAUGCGGGCUUGGGCUGCAUCUUCACAUUCCGUCAAUGACAUUCUGGGCUUUAGGCCACCAGUGCCACAACAGAUGCCACAAGUAAUGCCACCUGAUAAUCAAAUGAUGACAUCAUUAGGACAAAAUUAUAAUAUGAAUAUGAAUUAUUAUGGAAUGAAACCAACAACCAUGUCACCGAUGUAUUUACAAAGUUAACAAUUUAUGAGAUAUGAAAAAAGUCAUACCUGAUGAAAUUGAUUCCAGAACCAGGUGACAUGGUAUCUUUUUCUGUGGAAUAUUCGAGUGAGAAGGGAAGGCUACUAGAGAAAAUCAGAAUUCAAAACAAGCAUCCGUGCAGAUCUCUCUGUUAAGCAAACAAAAACCAGACCGAAAGACCAAAAUUCACGACAACAACAAUACACAAAUAAAAAACACCGAGACAUCACUGUUAAGUUUGCUAUUUUGGUUAUCAUAUUAAAGUUUUUGUCAGCACGUUGUACCGUGUGCAGACACACCAAUAGAGUAUGGAGUUUGAAAACUUUAAGAAUAAAAUUUGUAUGACUGA